AUGUUGCUCUCCCAUAUCACCCGCAAUCUAGUGGUCACGCCGAGGUAUCCAAUAGAGAUCAAGGCAAUCCCUGAGAAGAGUGUAAAUAGGAAUAGAAAGGAUUGGUCCAAUAAGCUAGAUGAUGCUCUUUGGGCUUAUCGGACCGCUUUUAAGACACCAACAGGCACCACUACCUAUAGACUUGUCUAUGGCAAAGCUUGUCAUUUUCCCUUUGAGCUUGAGCAUCGUACUCAAUGGGCCAUUAAGAUGAUAAACUUUGACUUGGCAAGUGCGGGAGAGCAAAGAAUGCAUGAAUUGCAUGAGCUUGAGGAGCUCAGAAUGGAUGCCUAUGAUUGUGCUAGUGUCUAUGAUGUCAAAUCCAAGGAGUACCAUAAUCAAAGGAUUACCAAGAAAGAAUUUUGA